AUGAAGUACAUUAUUAUAGCAGUUUUACUCAGUGUUAUACCUAACAAAUCGUGUAGUGAAAUAACUUAUGAAGGCAUUUUGACCAAUAUUAGUACCAAAACAAGAGAAAUGUUGUCUCCGGAAUGCCAGAAAGAUCUGAGUCGUACUACAAUAUUAACCACCACGUACUGGCUAAUGGUGGACGCUAGUUCCAGAAUACCUUCUGGAAUAUCCAAAGGCAAUAUCAUGCCUAUGGGCAAUUACGAUGAAUGUCUGGAAAUAGAAGAAGUGGACACAAAAUUUUGUCAAGCGUCCAUAAAUCUAGAUUUACCCUCUGAAACUGACUGGAAGAUUGCUCCUCCACAUAAAAGAAUAAAAACAGAAGUAGUAGGUGUUAAUUACAAGUCAGCGGACAUCAGUUUUGGCUUGUACUAUUGUGUCUUGAAAUCAUGCAGUGCUGAUGAUUUAAAUAUAAUUUUUCCUGGAUUUGUACGUUUCGAUGAUAGCCAGUGCUGGGCCAAAGAUUCUGGCCCGAAGUUAGACGCGUUAGCUAUUGUGGCGAUUGUUAUCUUUGCUUUAAUAGUUCUAAUCACGCUAACAUCAACAAUCUACGACAUUUACUUAAACUAUAGAAAUCUAGAUCCAGUUUGCUCUUCUGCAAUCGCUUUUUCAUUAUACAGCAACGGAAAAAAAUUAUUUCAUUUAGGAAAUUCGCAACAACUUUUGUGUUUAAAUGGAAUUAAAUCUUUAAGUAUGUUGUGGGUAGUUCUUGGGCAUGUCUACAUGGCAUAUGUUUUUGUUCCUUUAGACAAUUAUCUAGAUGUUUACAACUGGAUAGAAUCUACUUAUAGUCAAUACAUAACUGGAGCAACAGUUUCCGUUGACACAUUUUUUGUCGUGGGAGGUUUCCUCACAAUUUACACUUUCCAAGCUACGAUGGAUAAGGGCGUCAAGUUUAAUGUGCCUCUAUAUUACUUUCAUCGCUAUCUGAGACUUACUCCGGCAGUUGCCGCAAUGGUGUUAGCACAUGCUGCUCUCUUCAAUUAUUUUGGAUCCGGACCUGUAUGGCAAAGAACUGAUACUUUUCUUACUAAAGCUUGCAAGAAGUACUGGUGGUCUGCGCUACUCUAUGUGCAAAACUAUGCCAACCCCGAAGGAACAUGUGUUCCACAAAGUUGGUACUUAUCGGUUGAUAUGCAACUGUUUUUAAUUUCACCCGCGAUCUUAAUUUUGAUGCGACAGUGGCCAUUCUGGGGUUACCUAUUCUUGAGUGUUGCCUCACUGGCAUCUAUUAUAGGUAGUUUCCUACUUGGGUGGUUCUAUGAACUGGGGGGACAACUAACAGCAAAUGUCAAUGGUAAUCUUACCGAUUUUAUGAAGUACUACUACAUGCCCACGCAUACUAGAAUGGUACCGUAUCUUUUUGGCAUUAUGUUGGGUUACGCUAUCUACAGUCUGAGGACAAGUAAAAGAAAGCCUCACUUAAAUAUGAUUGUGGUUUCUUGCGGAUGGAUUUUGUCACUAGCACUGAUGGCUACAUGUCUCUACGCAGGUCACACGCUUCAAACCACUGAAUAUAAUCGUCUGGAAAACUCCUUCUUUAUUGCACUUAUGAGACCAGUGUGGGCAAUAGCGAUCUGUUGGGUUAUAUUUGCUUGUGUUAUGGAAUACGGAGGUCCAAUUAACAAGUUCCUGUCUUGCUCACUCUUUCAAAUUUUGUCUCGACUCUGCUAUAGCAUAUAUCUUGUACACUACUCAUUUAUUUUUAUGACUAACUUCAGUACAAGAUCGCCACUGCAUUUCUCGGAUUAUUAUGCGUUUCAUAAAUUUUGGGGUGACCUUGCUUUUACUAUUGGAAUUGCCGUCGUAUGGACUUUAAUUUUUGAAUCUCCUGUUAUCGUUUUAGAAAAGACAUUACUGAAGAGGACGGACAUUUUCAUCACAGCGGCGCAGCGUGGACUUGCUUUAGGAGGUAGGCGGACAUUUGGGGUGUGGAUAUUGGGCUUCUUCAACAACUAUUUACAGAAAGAAUCAGCUAUUACUGGUUCUAUCGGAUAUCUGAAUUAUUUUGCUACUACGGGUUUGGAUAUUCUGAACAGUUGGAACGAAGCUACUUUCACCAAUAAAGUGAGGGAAGCGGUUAUCGAUAUAUCUUAUAGACUCAGCUAUGGAAAAACUGACGACAGGCAUGUUCGUGAGGAGUUGUUAGGUAACAUGCCCCUGUACCCAAACCAACUUGCUGACAGGUGCGAAACACAAUACAAUCGAAGCUGGGCUGAAAGGUGGAACUUACUCACUUUUAACAUUUCUGGAUAUAGAUGUUUGACAAUGCGGGUCCGUGCGAUGCUGCACAGGGUUGUUCUCAAGGGGGUUGGUAUCCCCCUCUUAUGGAACCUGCUAGUAGAUGACCUGAUUUGCUGGUUAAGUGAAGCUCAAGAAUAUGCUGAUGAUAUAGUAAUCCUUGCAUCUGCCUGGACUAAAGACUUUCCUGGAGGACUCACGGCACAAACCGGACGAAGAAGAAAACUGAAGCAGUUUGAGCGUCAAAAGAACUAUAAGGAAAUCUUGGGGCUUAACACCCAGAGCAAUGCAUUGGCUGUACACCAGUGUCAUAAGGUCAAUGAACCUCUACGGUGCCAUUAUGUGUUGAGGUUAGACGAUGAAAGUCUGGGCUAA